GCUGGAGGUGAAGGAUCGCCUGUGCCCUGUCCACGUCGGCUGUCAAUGGCUUUCUGGACCUAUUUUAUUUAAAUGUCUGGGCCUUUUUUGCGCGACCAAUGAUGGAUAUUCUAUGGAUAUUAUGGACCCUACCGGCUGUAAUAGCUGUUGAAGAGAUGCUCAUGGACUCCACCACAGCGACAGCAGAGCUCGGCUGGACCGUCUAUCCGGUGUCAGGAUCCAGUGACAACAGUUGGGAGGAAGUGAGCGGUUACGAUGAAAACAUGAACACCAUCCGGACCUACCAGGUCUGCAACGUUUUCGACAACAACCAGAACAACUGGGUGAGAACCAAGUACAUCCGACGCCGGGGUGCGCAGAGAAUCCAUGUGGAGAUGAAGUUCUCUGUGAGGGACUGCAGUAGCAUCCCUAACGUUCCCGGUUCCUGCAAAGAGACAUUCAACUUGUACUACUACGAAUCUGAUGCCGACACGGCCACUAGAACCUCGCCGGCCUGGAUGGAGAACCCUUGGAUCAAGGUGGACACCAUAGCCGCGGAUGAGAGCUUUUCCCAAGUGGACCUCGGUGGCAGGGUGAUGAAGAUCAACACAGAAGUCCGCAGCUUCGGCCCUGUAUCCCGAAACGGCUUCUACCUAGCGUUCCAGGACUACGGUGGCUGCAUGUCGCUCAUAGCCGUUCGUGUGUUCUACCGAAAGUGCGCUCGGAUCAUCACAAACGGGGCACUCUUCCAGGAGACCCUGUCGGGGGCUGAGAGCACCUCGCUGGUGGCGGCACGAGGUGUUUGCAUCCCAAACGCGGAGGAAGUGGACGUGCCAAUCAAGCUGUACUGCAACGGCGACGGAGAAUGGAUGGUGCCCAUUGGACGCUGCAUGUGCAAGGCCGGAAAUGAGGCGGUGGAGAAUGGCACCGUGUGUCGAGCUUGCCCGUCGGGUUUCUUCAAGCCGACACAGGGAGAUGAGUCCUGCACACAGUGUCCCAUCAACAGCCGUACCACCAGCGAGGGCGCCAUUAACUGCGUCUGCCGCAACGGAUACUAUCGGACCGACUCCGAUCCCUUCCAGAUGCCCUGCACAACGGUCCCUUCCGCUCCUCAGACCGUCAUCUCCAGUGUAAAUGAGACCUCGGUCAUGCUGGAGUGGAUGGCUCCUCGAGAUUCCGGUGGCCGUGAGGACGUGGUCUUCAACAUCAUCUGCAAGAGUUGCGGCGGCGGGCGUGGCGGCUGCACCCGCUGCGGCGACAACGUUCAGUUCCUGCCUCGCCAGCUCGGCUUGACGGAGCCCCGGGUGUACAUCAGUGACCUGCUGGCCCACACGCAGUACACGUUUGAGGUGCAGGCUGUCAACGGGGUAUCGGAUCAGAGCCCUUACUCCCCUCAGUACUCCUCAGUCAACAUCACCACCAACCAAGCUGCGCCGUCCACUGUGUCCAUCAUGCACCAAGUGAGCCGCACUGUGGACAGCAUCACUCUCUCUUGGUCCCAGCCAGACCAACCUAAUGGAGUCAUCCUGGACUAUGAACUGCAGUUUUAUGAGAAGGACCAGUCGGAGCAUAAUGCCACCACCGUCAGGAGCCAGACCAACACAGUGGUCAUCCGAGGCCUCAAAUCAGGGAGCAUCUACGUUUUCCAGGUCCGAGCCCGCACUGUGGCCGGCUUUGGACGCUAUAGUGGGAAACUGUACUUCCAGACCAUGACAGAAGCUGAAUACAACACCAGCAUUCGUGAGAAACUGCCUCUCAUUAUCGGCUCUGCAGCUGCCGGCUUGGUCUUCCUUAUCGCCGUGGUUGUCAUCAUCAUCGUGUGUAAUCGGAGGCGUGGCUUCGACAGGGCCGAUUCCGAGUACACAGACAAACUGCAGCACUACACCAGCGGCCACAUGACUCCAGGAAUGAAGAUCUAUAUUGAUCCGUUCACGUAUGAGGACCCCAACGAGGCGGUGAGGGAGUUCGCCAAGGAGAUUGAUAUAUCCUGCGUGAAGAUCGAGCAGGUCAUCGGUGCAGGAGAGUUUGGCGAGGUGUGCAGCGGCAACCUGAAGCUUCCCGGCAAAAGGGAGAUGUUUGUGGCGAUCAAGACCCUGAAAACGGGCUACACUGAGAAGCAAAGGCGGGACUUCCUCAGUGAGGCCAGCAUCAUGGGCCAGUUUGACCAUCCCAAUGUCAUACGCCUGGAGGGCGUGGUCACCAAGAGCAGCCCCGUCAUGAUUGUCACUGAGUUCAUGGAAAAUGGAUCUCUGGACUCCUUCCUCAGGCAAAACGACGGUCAGUUCACUGUGAUCCAACUGGUGGGAAUGCUGCGGGGCAUUGCCUCAGGCAUGAAGUACCUCGCCGAUAUGAACUACGUGCACCGGGACCUCGCCGCCCGCAACAUCUUGGUCAACAGCAACCUCGUGUGCAAGGUGUCCGACUUUGGCCUCUCGCGUUUCCUGGAGGAUGAUACAUCGGACCCCACUUAUACCAGCGCCCUGGGUGGGAAGAUUCCAAUCCGAUGGACCGCGCCCGAAGCCAUCCAGUACAGAAAGUUCACCUCUGCGAGCGAUGUGUGGAGCUAUGGCAUCGUCAUGUGGGAAGUCAUGUCCUAUGGGGAGAGGCCUUACUGGGACAUGACCAAUCAAGACGUCAUCAAUGCCAUUGAGCAGGACUACCGGCUGCCGCCCCCUAUGGACUGUCCCAGCGCGUUGCACCAGCUCAUGUUGGACUGCUGGCAGAAGGACCGCAACAACCGGCCCAAGUUCAGCCAGAUCGUCAGCAACCUGGAUAAGAUGAUACGCAAUCCCAACACCUUGAAGGCCAUGACCCCGUUAUCCUCAGGUGUGCAUCUGCCUCUGCUGGACCGCAGCAUCCCGGACUUUUCGAGCUUCAGCACGGUGGACGAGUGGCUGGAUGCCAUCAAAAUGGGCCAGUACAAAGACAACUUUGCCAACUCCGACUUUACGACUUUUGAUGUGGUGUCCCAGAUGACCAUGGACGACAUCCUGAGGGUGGGCGUGACGUUAGCGGGCCAUCAGAAAAAGAUCCUAAACAGCGUCCAGAUGAUGCGGGCCCAGAUGAACCAGAUCCAAUCCGUGGAGGUCUGACCUUCCCGAGCAGAGCAACGGUCCGGGAGGGAGGGGGGGUCGGGUUGCAGGCCUGGCGGGCAGCGAGGAACGGAAUGGAUGCUUUGUCGGUGUGUGAUGUCCCCCUCCACACUUUCCCCCUCUGCUUGUCCCCUCACCCCCUCACCACUCUCCCAGACUGCACCCCCAGCCACCCUCCAUCCUCGGAGGGGGGGUCGGCCUUCUUCUGACUGCCAAAAGCACGGGAGCCCAAACGAGUGACCAGCAACACUUUUCUCCUCAUCUACCACCACUUUUCAUUGAUACUUUGGUUUGUUCUCAUCAUUUUGUAAAGAAUUUUGUAAGGAAAACACAAACUGAAAAAAAAGGAAGGAGUUUAUCGACAUUUAAGGACAAUAUGAGGUUGUAAACUAGAUGAACUUUGUAGGAAAGCUACCCUUUAAAAGGGCAACAUUAAAGAAAACAAGAAUGCGACUUGGUAUAGAUCCUGGCAUUGUUCCCGUUGGACUUUCAGAAGAAGACCAGCAGAGAACAAAGCAACCAUGAAAUGGAUCCUUUGGCACAGACUGAUGUCGGGAAAAAUUUCAUUCGAUUUUCAAGAAAGAAAAAAAAAAAAUCUUCAUUUUCAAUAUUGUGUGAAAUGUGUUGAAGAUUCCCAGGAUAGACAACAUUGUUUUUACCUCGCCCCCUAGUGGACAUAUCAAGACUUCACAGGGCUGUGUAAGGUGGCCCCUUUUCUGCAUUCAUGUUGCACAGCAUGUGCACGGAGCUCCUGGAAGGUCGUGCUCGUGUUUGCAAAAGCAUGCUGGGUAGCCCAGCCAACAUGGCCGCUUCUUCAUCAUUUUCUUCCUCCAGUCACAUACUCACAAAUAAGACUUUUCAGGCGGAUGCAAUGUGUUCUAUUUCUGCAGUUUCUGUAUGCAUAUUAUUGAAUUAUUACCAUUUCAUUUGGAGUUUUGUUGUGCAAAGAGUUGAUAGUUUGACUCUGAAAACAAAACAAAAAAAAAAUAUGUUGGAUCUUCCAUCAGUGCUUUGAAUUGAUUUGCAAAGCUGCACAAUCAUGUAGAUAAACAGACCCCACCCCUUCCCUUGUAGACAAUAUACUUCUGUUUUUGUUGUCGCUAAUGGCGGGAAACAUGGCGUGGCAUGCAGUCCGGUACCGGUGGUCUGGCCUCCAUCUGUCAAUGCUUGACUUUCAUGUCCUGCAGACCGGAGUGUGUUUUCCUCAGGUGUUGUCACCAUACGCUUCCAGACCUCAAUGACCAAUCCCUUGCACAUGCUGCAGCACAUGACAACACAACCCCCCCUUUACCCCCACGUUGGAAGCGUUCACAUGGCUGGAAUCCUGCAGAGGAGAAUCAUGAGCUCAUCACCUUAACGAGGAAGCCAAAGUGACCCAAAUGGUGAUCAUGCCCGUCCCGCUCGGUUCUUCAGCGUUUAGUCCGUCUUCAUUUCCAUCUGCUUCUUUCUUUACUGUUUACAGGCCAGCACGUCCGAGCCCUGAAGGGAACGGUUCUGGUAUAUUUCAUCUGAAGGAUUAUGUGUUUACUGCAUGAAGUAUUUAUGUGUUUUAUCAUUUACUACAACAACAACAGCAGAGCAGUUGAAACGGAGCAAUAAUCAGGAAAGAAGACAUGCUGCACUCAUUUUUUUGUCCACAAAAAGCCUUUGUACACUGUGAAGAACAACCCGUGUCCCAUUUAGACGAUUACAAAAUGGAUUAAAAGCGAAUUACAAAUUCCCUUGCUGCGCUUUCUUAAAGUAUUUAUAUUUCAUACAGCACGGCGGUGGUUUUUAGCACAUCCUUGAAUCUUCGGUCCAUACUGGAACUGGAACUAGAAUGGCACUCAGUAGAGCGCAGAGGCCAAACAAUUCAACAAUGGAUCAGCGCCUUCAUAUAAGAGUCGCAUUUUAGAAAAAUAUAAUUUUAUACAUAUAUAAUUAUUGUUAUUAUUAUUUGGAACAAUUUGGCAGUAUUCCUGGAUCAGCAGCAAAGUAACCAAAUGUUUGGUCCAUGUCAUAAAAUAGAACUAAAUGAGUGGAAGACUAUUCAAAUGGAGACCUGGGAAGAAACACCCGUAUUCAGUCAUAUUUGUUAUACAGUCUUGACUUUUUAAUGGUUUUGGACAAAAUUCAAGCAGUCUCUAUUUAAAAGCAUUUUUUUGCCUUCUUAAACAAUACAUUACUCAACUUCAGAUAGUCUGCGCUUUACUGUGAAUCAUUUAGAAGCAGAUUCCAUGUGGCGUCUAUGAUGAACCACUGAAAGGUCAUAGGAUCAGAUGGCUGUGAGAGGCUUUAUAACAAAGCACCACAGCGCCCUCUGCUGGCGUCGUGCUCACAUAACAGUUUCCAGUGUCCAGCGUCUCCCCCCUCACACACUUCAUGGCCCGUGAGCUUCCCGCCAUCUUCUCCGGAAGUAUGUUGUGUUGGUUAGUGCAAGGCGGGGGGCCCGUGUGCUCCCCCCUUUAACGCCGGUUCAGACAUGUUGUAUUUCUGUAUAAAUGUAUAUUGACUGUAACCCUGUGAAUGAUGUAACAAGUUCAUUAUUUGUAAUAUUGUUAUUGGUUUAUUUUCUAAAAAUAGAAGCUCAACUUGAUUCUCCUCAAUAAAAAACAGGAUCUGUUAUUAAAAAAAAAUCACCUCAAUUCUGUUAUACUACGGCAGUGUUUAUCAACCUUUUUUGAACCACGGCACGUUUAUUACAUUGGAAAAAUCUUGCUAACCACCUCACGUGCAUCAUUAAGUUUAUUGGAGGAACGAGGCAAUCAGCUACGUGUUGCCACACGGACGAAUAUUACAUUGGACGGACACUCGACAAUUACAUAAUAUUUACCGAAAAAGAUUAAUAAAUCUUAAUUUAAAAAUAUAAAUAUAUUUGAUAAUUCUUCAAGGCAUACCUGACGACUUCUCACAGCAGACUUGUGUGUACAGUGGUUGAAAAUCACUGUACUAAGGCACAUAAUGUACCACAUGGUACGACCCGGGGGAACGUCUUUGCCUUCCAACAUAUCUGGUCUUCAGAUUCGCUUCCUGCUUGCAGGGGAAGUGAAGAAGCAAACAUAUCAUUAUAUGUCAUCAUCUUCAUCUUCAUGGCAGUGGUUGCUGACACAACAUCC